AUGGCUCAAGGGCGUUCUGUCUCUAUUCCAUCAUUUAGGAACAAAGCGCCGCCUGAAUUGAAUCUGUUUGACGAUGACUACGUGGGCGUCCCUGACAGGGAGGACCCCAAUCUUUCACCGACCACACCGACCAACCCCUCUGCGAAAGCCGAGGAAAUAAAUCGCAAUUUGAAGGAUACACACCGUUACAAGUCCAACGUGAUGCAACUGAUCGCGUCAACUCGAAUACCUUCAAGGCCGACCGACCUCGUGAACCGGUUGGGGCAACUCCGACUCUCCUUCUCACUGUUGACAGUGACCAACCUCAUCGCAAACCAGCAACUUGAACAAGCCAUGAAGGAAGCACAAAAGGUUCUCAAAUCUGCGCAGUCUUUGAACAACACGCUCUCUGUUGCCCGAUGCCAUUACUGGAUGGGUCGGAUUGAAUUCGAGAAGAACAACCUGGAGGCAGCCCAUGACGACUUCCUGGCAGCGCGUCCUUGCCUCGAGGAUGGGGACCACCCGGAGGGUGAGACUCUACAAUUCUACUUGGAAGUUUCCGGAGGUGGGGUGAGCGAUGAGUACAGAAACCGGGUCUUGCUCCAACAUAAUCGCGCUUUGAUCAACUGUGCCCAGGCCGAGGAACCAUCCAGGCCACAUGGUCCACUGCCACGAAAGCGCAAACGGGAAGCGCAGUCGUGGAGAAUUGUUCUUCGACCUGCUUCCGAAAAGCAGUCUCGGAGACAAAAAAAGCAGAUGGGGUUUUCCUCGCCCAAACCGACCGAAAAAUUGAAUGAGUGGCUAGUCUAUGACACCCCCGACCUUCCUAUUCGACCGAAACGCACUUCCAAUGCACCAAAGCCUGUCCGAGCAUCAAAUGGUCACACGGCUCAUGAUACUGCGGAGCCCUCCGAGCCCUCCAGGCAGCGAAAAGACUAUUUAGAAGCGGGCACAGCAAAUGAUACGGGGGCGGGCAAGCCCUCCCCUCUAGAAGGCAUGGAGGAUGGCUCCACGUACCCGUGGAACGGAAAUCUUUACGAAACAGCCUGGCGAGUGCAUCCUAUCUGCUGA